UCUGUAUCUGCUGCCACAAGCCAACUUCCCAAAAUAAAACGCACCGUCCAUACUACGGUACUCCAUAGCAAGCUCAAUAGCCCAAAAGCCGGCGCACGUUCGCUAGCUUGAGUAGCGCCAUGCAGCCGCCAAACAGCUGUAGCAGCAGCAGCCGGCGCGGCAGAUCUGCUGCGUCAACUGCUGCUGCCGCGGCGCCGCUGCCGACGCUGCUUCUGCUGCUUGGCCUCUUCAUGACGAGCGCUCUUCUUCCGUCCGUGCAUGCCCAAGGCGCCGGCGCCGGCGGCAGCGCCGGCGGCAGCGGCAGCGGCGCCGCCGUCAACUGCCUGCGCGCCUCCAACGGAUUCAAGUGCGGUAACGGCUGCCCGUGCGGCGACAGCGACGACAACAGCCGCGGUGGUGGCUACGGCGGCGUGGGCAUGGGCCGGAUGGGUGGGAGCAUGGCUGUCGGGAACGGGAUGAUGGAGGAAGGUAUGGGCGAGAUGGGCUCUGAGAUGGGCGGCGGCCGCGGCGGCCCCAACGUCGCCGUCCGACCCGCCGUCAUGCCGUCUGGUGGUGCCGGCGGCGGCGGCGGCAUGCCUAACAUGGGCUCCGGCGGCGGCAUGCCCAUGAGCGGCGGCGGCGGCGGCGGCGGCCGCCACCGCCGCGCGCUGCGCAACGUCGGCGUAAACAUCGACAUUGGCGGCGGCGGCGGCUUUGCAGAAGAUGACUACAAUAAUGGAAACGGGCAGCAGCAGCAGGUGGUGUGCCCGCCGCCGGGCUUCUCCGCGGUGCCCGACCUGAACCUGACCGCCUACACGGCGGCGCCCUGGUUCGUGCAGCGGCAGCUUCCCGUCAGCUUCCAGGGGGAGGACCCCACAGCAUACCUGUACUGCGUGCAGGCCGUGUAUGAGCGGGUGAGGCCGCAGGGCCAGCCGCAGCCGCAGGAUCAGGAUCAGGAUGGGGACAUGGACCAGCCCGGCGCGGCCUCGGCCGCCGACGCCGGCGGCAACAGCACCGCCCCCGCCGCCGCCAACCCCAACAUCAUCACCGGCCCGCAGCAGCCGCCGUCUCAGCCUGUGUCCCAGCAAACUCAAGACCAGGACGACCAACAGGAUCAGCAGCAGCAGCAGCAGCAGCAGCCCGUGUUCCGUGUGUUCAACUACGCCAACAGGGGCCGCGUGAAUGGGCCGGCGGUGGGCACAGACGCCGCCAGGGGCCAGCCCGCGCCCGUGUACCCGCAAGACCUGGUGGCUGUGCCCGACCCCGAGGCCGCCGGCACCCCCACCGCCAACUCCGAGCUGCUGGUGGGCCCGCCCGCGCUGCUGCCCAACCUGCUCACCUUCAACUGGCGCCUGGGCUGGGGGCGCUACUGGGUGGUGGCGGUGGCGGUGUCCAAUGACUCACGCCUGGGCUACGACUGGGCUAUCGUGUCGGGUGGGCCGCCGGAGUUCGCGGCGCCCUCGGGGGCCGGCUGCCUGACGCAGCCGCCGCCGCUGCCGCCGCCGCCGCCGCCCGGGCUGCUGGGCUCCGCAAUGAACCGCUUCAUGGACUGGGUGCGAUUCCACCAGCAGGUGACGCGCGACCGGCUGCGGGCCGCCACGGACGGCUCCUCACGUGGCCUGUGGUUCCUGUCGCGCCGGCCCGUGGACCCAGAGGCAGCACGUGAGAUGGAGCGCACGGCCCGGCGCCUGGGCUUUGACACCUCCGGCCUGGCGCCGGUGCAGCAGCAGGGCUGCAGCUACAGCGGGGCCCGAGGAGCCGUGCCCGCCCCGGCCCCCGCCCCCAAGCCGGCCCCGGCCCCCAAGCCACAGCAGCCUGCACCCGCCCCCGCUCCGGCGCCCGUUCCCGCGCCCGCACCCGCGCCACCGCAGCAGCCGGCGGCGCCUCCCGCUAACGCCACUGCCGCCGCCGCCCCGCCCACCGCAGUCACGCCCGCUCCCGUCCUGAUCGUGCCUAUCAUCAACACCACGCAGCCCACACCCGCCACACCUCCCGCAGCCGCCACGCCUGCUGCCGCAGCCGCCACGCCCGCCACGCCGCCGCCUGCUGCGGCGCCGCCGGCUGCUACUGCCGCCGCCCCGGCGACGCCAGUCACGCCGCCUGCGCCCGCUGCUGCUACUGCCGCCGCUAACCGGAGCUAUCCGACCAGCCGCGGCGGCACCACCGCCGCGACUCAGCCGCCGGCUACUGCUACUGCCCCUGGCGGCACCAAGUAACGGAACAUCGCCGAGAGGAAGUUGCUGAAGUAACGCCCGUGGGCAACUGAGCACUGCAUGUGGCGUUGACUUGGGGAUGUCGCUGACUCUAGCUUUCAGGCCAUUUAUACCCAGGCUAUACCGUCUAUAUUGCGUUUGGGGUUGUUAGUACAGUUGGGAUCCAUAAACAUUUUUGAUGUUUGGGUCGGCUGGGAUUCCUGUGCAAUGCAUGCUUGUUGCUCCUGCUGCUGCUGGACCCGCUUGCCGGAUGGAUGGUAACAUGAGCACGUCGUUCCAGAAUGGCCAGCCGGGUUAGGCUAGACA